AUGCCCACAAAUCAGGACCAUAAUACCAGGCCGAAGAAGCUGCAGCGCAUCUCGCAGGCUUGCGAUUUGUGUCAUAGGAGGAGCAUACGCUGUCGUCCCAGCGUUGAAAAUCCUCAAUCAAAAUGCCAGAAUUGCUAUGAUUUCGCUGUGAACUGUACAUACAAGCGACCGUCUCGACGACGGAGGAACCCCUCUGCUGGAGGUGCACCACCAAACCUCCUGCCUACGCAGCAACAACAUCAUGCAAGUCUCAAUAAUGCUUCAUUCCCCGGGAGCUUCGUCCCUCCAGAUUACACCGGAGCAUACAUGACAGUUCGCGAAGGCAAAUCCACUGAUUUGCUGGGAAUUGCCUGGAGGUCGUUUGCCGCUGCCAGUCGACGGACCAUUGACCAGUACAUGGAGAUAUACAUGGACGUCGUAUACCCAAUCUUCCCACUAUUCCAUGGGCCUAAGCUGUGGGACCGUCUCCGAAAACGACAACACUUGACCGAUCGAGGAUUCUUUGCAUCAGUAAUGGCAGCAUGUGCGCUUGCAGCGGCUCGAGCUCGUGAUGGUGUGAUUGGUGGUAAGUACCAGUUUGAGGAGACGCUGGAGAAUUCGCCAGAGAUAUUCUUCUCAGCAGCGCAGGACGCGAUCUCUAAAGAUCUGACCAAAUCUACUGGAAUCGACUUUCUACGAGCAUGUGCCCUGCUCGCCCUCACAAGCAUGCAGUAUGGCCAGAUUGCGUCAAUGCACCAGUAUUUUGGACACUACACGACGUUGAGCGCGACACAAUCAUUUCACGACGAAGAUAAGUGGCCUUCAAAUCUGAGUCAACAAGAGGUGGAAGAGCGAAGACGACUAUUUUGGUCCAUGUAUUGCUUCGAUGUUUAUCUCUCCGUGGUAUUCAAUACGAUGGUGAAGACUCAGGAAACGCAUUCAAAUGUGUGCUACCCAAGCGAAUCUUCGGACGAGGAAAUAUCUGCAGGCAUGGCGAGCACAAGCGACAGCAACAAUUGGCUGAGAGGAUGGAACUUCACCACCGAUUUAUACCGUGUUCUCGAGCAUACCAUCAAACGCAUCCGCGGCAACAGGCAGCGAAGAGAAGAUCGCAUCUCUAUUGUCCGCAUGAUGAUUUCGGAUACCAUUCCUGAUCUACAAAUCAUGGAAAACGUGAUCGAUCUCUACUACCAGCUUCCGCCUCGAUUCAAUGACUUCAAGGCUCCAGUCGUGGGCGAUAGGAGCCAGGACAUAUUCGGCUUUCAAGCUGCGAACAUCCAAGCCACGUUGCAGCUCGUCCGCAUCACGCUUUUCGAAUCGCACAAUAGGCACAAUGUGCUCCAGAAGUGCGACGUUGCGGAACAGGUACUCACUACUUUCCAAAGCAUUGCACCGCACUAUCUUCGCGCGAUUUCGACGCCGCUGAUAUAUCAUCUCGGCGGCAUAGGCCAAAUCCUAGCUCAGGUCAUGCAAGGCGUCCUCACAGAAGACUCGUACCAGCGCGUGAGAUCGCUCCUUGGGUCCAUGGCGGAUCUGCUUGAGGAGCUAGAAUCUGGCCUAUCGCCGACAGCCGGCGCGAGCACAGGACUUCGAUACCAGAUCGACCGGAUCGACCAGUACAUGAAUGCGCAGCGAGAGAUGCUGGCAUCUACUAUGCACCACCCUCACUCUCAAGCACAUGCUUCGAAUGGCAUGACAGCGUCUAUGAUUUGCUCGGGACAAAUGCCCAAUGGCUCUCAGCUUCCUAUAAACUCUCUGGGCAUGAGAACGCCGCUUGGCGAGUUCCAGCUACCAGCAGACCUUACAGGGGACUGGCCAUGGCCUUUUGAAUUUGCAUCACAGGACGCGAACGGACAGCUAUUGAGCGGCUUUGAGGAGAACAACCAUUAUUAA